AUGGCAUCACCACAAGCACCAGGUCCCAAGAAAUUAAAUCUCCAUAUUCCAACUUAUUCAAAUGCCGGUUCUCCGGUCUCACCGUCGUCUCCAGUAUUCUCCGCAUCUCCGGCAUUUAAUUCGCCAAAACAAUUUGAUUCGGUUCCACCUUCACCAACGUUCUCAGGCUCUUGGAACGUCAAUAAAUCUCAUGCUGAGCUUACUUCAUUAUUAAAAGAAGCAUAUGGCGUAAUACGAGAAAGAGAGAGAGAUCUUACGCUUGCCGCCGAAAUCGGUAAAAGCCUUCUCGAAAAUAACAUUGCGUUAAAAUCCAAAUAUGAGUCAACCAUAGUCCAAUUACAACAUGCCCAAAGAGCACGAAACAUUAUUUCAAUACAACAUCCAAUUGACAGCAAGCAUGCGACUCCAAUAGCUCCGCCAAAUAACUCAUUAGAAGAUCAAGUGGAAUUUGAGGAUAGUGAUAAUGAAUCACAUCAAGCAUGGACCAGUUCUCAUGACUAUCCUGCACCGUAUGAUGGUCCGAUUAAACGAAAGAAUCGCGAUCAACAAAAUUCAGGCUUAAAUUAUAAGGACCUUGAAAAUCUUAGGGAUUUAGAAAUGCGAAAUCAAGAACUUCAACAGCAACUUGACGAUGCGAUAAGGGAUUAUAAUGAGUGUGAUCGAUCAAAUAAAGCCAAAGUGCGUAAACUUGAAGCGGACGUUAAACACUUCCAAGAUGAAUGUUUAAUGGCCUCACAAAAAAUUGAAGACCUCGAAAGGGAAACCGACCGUCUCACUCAAAAGCAAAAGGCUGAUUUUUGGAAUAUUAAAUAUAAUAAAAAAUCAAAUGAGAAUGAUGAAUUUAUUGAUGCAUUAGUUCAAAGAGUACAAGAGUUAGAAGACCAAAAUACGAUCAUUGAAAGAUCAAAAGCGGAUAUUGAACGACGGUGUAGUCUUUUAACAGCUAAAUUGGAAACGCUUCAAAGUGAAUUCGAUGAAUUAUCACAACAAACAAGUAAUUAUGAUAUGUUACAAAUAGAUAAUCUCAGAAAGGAUGAAAUAAUUGCUGAACUUAACGAGAGUCUUGAGGAACAACGUGCCUUGGUUGUAAAUUAUCGAUCAGGAUUUUGGUCACAGAGAACCUCACGUGCAAAUUCCAUAUCUGAUGGUGGUAAUAUUAUGUCAAAAGCUUUAAGAAGAGUAAGCGACCCUGAUGGGAUGCGUGCUAUGUUUGGUGUAGCACCAAAGCAAAAUAAUCAGGAUUCUUCAGGUGGAAAGAUAAAAAAGACUUUACUUUCAGAGUUGGAAAACGAAUGGUUCCGUAAUUUAACGAUGUUCAAACGAGAAGUACAGAAUGGUAACGGUGAAGAUACAUCACCACCUUUCUCACCGAUUUCUUCAGAGAAAGAUCUCAGUGAUUUCUUCAUUUUAAAUGGCGCGCGACCGGAUGAUGAUAACUUAACGCUCGACUACCUAUCAGAUGAUGAAUUUAGUUUCUUGGAUGAAUUCGAAGUAAAUAACGAAGAUGCCAACCGACGAAGAGAAUGGUUCUGGCGAAGAUGGGCAAGAGCCAUUGUAAAGUUCCUUAGGAUGAUAUGGAGAUGGUGUCGAUUUCUUUUCUUCCUUGUUGCUGGAUUGUUCCUGGCUCUAUAUCGGGGACCUGACUAUCUCUUACCUAACGAGUUGUAA